AUGAGGUUAAUCGUAGAAAUAAGUAAUAACACUGGUACAAUAACCCGAGGCCCAAAUAUUAAUAAAUUGUCAAGUGUAUUUGAAGAUUCUAGUACACAGCAGGAACUAAAUAUUGAUAAACCUCGCAUUGCAUUGUCACUUCCUUCAUCACCAAGGUUACCUGUUCCUAUAGCUACAAAAUCACUCAACAAGAAAAUAGUUUCUCAAGAAAGAAUAAAAAUCGGUAAUAAUAAUAAACCAUCAAACAUCGAUGAGACCUCUAUAAAGUUUGAUAAAUUUAAAAAAACCACUACAAAUAAUUAUAACAGUAAUGGUAAUAUUUCAAUUAAAAAAAUUAAAAAUUCUAAUAAUGGCGAUGAUGAUUUCAAUUCAAAGAUAGUAGAUUCAGAGUCAACGACAAUAAAUCAAAAUAAGCGUAACACAAAGACAGUUGUACAGCCUCCAAUACCGAAACCAAUUGUAAGAAAAAGUUCACAGGAUAGUUCUUCCAGCACGCAAACCUUUUCUUCUUCUUCAGAUUAUUCAACAACCCAUAAAUCAACAGCGUCAGUUGAUUUUGAAGAGAAAAAAGCUAGCAUCGCUAUUUUUUUCAAUGAUUCACAAGUAUCUAGAAAUUCUGAACCAGAAGUACUUGAGCAUUCAAAACCUCUUCCACUUGCGCCUUUAAAAUCAACACCUGAUAUUAUUACUAUCACUAAAACAAGUCCUACUUUUUCAGAUCAAAAUCGAAAUUCACAGAAUGAAUUAUCGCUUCCAAGGAUCUCUAGCGAUAAUUCUUCCGUGACGCUAGUUGAAGAAGAUGAACUUACAAUAGAUAUAAAACGACGGAAAAAAUUAUGGAAUGUUAUAAAAGAGCUUAUGCAAAAACGAGAAGGAGGAGAAAGUCGUAUGGAGGCAGUUUAUGGGGAAUAUUGUAAAAGGCAUGAAGCAUCGGUGCAAAAAUUACAAGAAUUUGACGAUGAUGAAAAUGUUCAAGGUUUCUUACAGAAAUGUAAAAAACAAUGUGAAGGAAGAACCAGAAGUUGGGAUAUCGCGAGUCUUCUAAUUAAACCAGUACAGCGUGUAUUAAAAUAUCCUUUAUUAUUGCAACAAAUAUUAUCACUCACUAAAACUUCACAUCCAGAUUUUGAUCAAUUAAAAUUAGCUUUCGACGAAAUUCAAAAAAUAGCAGAAAGAAUUAAUGAAAUAAAAAGACGUAAAGAUAUAGUUGAGAAGAUCGUAGGAAGUAAGAAAAGGGGUGAUGGUGAUAUUAAACUUGCUACGGGUAUUGCCAAGCCUACUUCAGAUGACCUUUAUGAUGCAUUUGUAGAAAAGUUUAAAAAUUUGGAACAACAAGGAUUUCAGUUAUCAAAAGAUGUAAAAGACUGGGUUAAAGCUGUUAAACAACAACUUGAAGACCAGCAGAGGUUUGCACUUGUUAUCGAGGAGUUUUAUACAUUUGGAAUAACUUCUAAUAAAUAUAAAGAAGAAAAUAAAAGAAUAGUUGAAUAUGUAAAGACGAUGAAUGGUCUUGCACCAUCUUGUGUAAAAGAAAUGGAAGAGACACUUAAAAAAAAUAUAUAUCCUGAAAUAGAAAAAUUUCUAAAACUAUUCAGAGCCCCUGCCGCUGUAAUGAAAAAACGUGAACGAAAAAUUUUAGAUUAUGGUCGUGCCAAAUCAAUCAGAGACAGAAACGAUAUUCCUGAUAAAUCAUUGCAACAAUCAGCUGAUGCGUUUGUAUCCAUCUCUGAUCAACUGAACGAAGAACUUCCUAAAUUUUUCGAGCUUAUGACACAAUAUUAUGAUAUAAUAGUUCGAAAUUUGAUAGAAAUUCAAUCAAGACUUUAUGAACAAAUGGGAAUGGAUUUCCAACAAUAUUUUUAUAAAUUUGUUGAUAGUAAUGCAUUAGAUUAUGUUUCAAAUGAUAGAAAAUUGGUUUUUAGAGAUAUUGAUAUUAUUUCUGAGUAUAUAGAACAUUAUCAUGGAAGAUUGGAAAUGGAUGAUGAAUUGAAAUCAUUUGUGAUAUUGAAUUACUCAGAUGAUAAUAAAUCAAUAUCAAAACCAGGAAUUAAUAAUGAAAUGGUUGAAAAAGAACAUAUUGCACCACGAAGAUUCAGUUACUCAGAUUCAAUAUCUGCACAAGCUGGUGAUUAUUUAGGGGUCAAGAAUAUUCGUUCAGAUAAGCAUAGUUCACUUGAGAGUAAAUCUGACGCUCUAUUUGAUGAUGAAGAUCCUUCAAGGGCUGAUUUUAAGACAAUUAAAGCAAAUCAAAAAGAAAGGCAUAAAAAAUAUCCAACUGAUAGCGCAGUUACAACAAUAAGGAACAAACAAAAUAAUUCAGACGAUGAAGACAAUGAUGAUACAGUUCGAAAGAAUAAAUCAAAACAAAAAGGAGAAUUAAAUUUUGAAGCUGGCAUUCUACUCAAAAUUAUACAUAUCCAUGAUAGUGGAGAAUGGUGGUAUGCUGUUAAAGAAGAUACUGAAGAAAGGGGCUGGGUUGAUCCGGGUUUUGUUGAAAGAUUAUAA